CGACAUCUUCACUCUCUCUCUCUCUCUCUCAUGAAAAUUUUCCUCUGCCAAACAGUUUCCAUAAGGUUUUGGACAAAUCAGAGAAAAGGGUCUUCGUCUAUAUGUGCUAAUUCUGUUGGGUCGUCUUCUUCCUCCUCAUUCCAUUUCAUUGGAAUGGUUAGCAGAAACUGUGGGACGUUUUGAAAGAAAUCUGCUGGUUCUGCCUGGUUUUUAAGCCGUCCGAUCAAAUUCCCAUUUCCAUAUCUCUUCGAUCAAUGGCCAGGAAAUGCUUCUGGCUCUGUGUUCAAUCGCUUCCUGGUUUCUGGAUCGUCUUCUCUGCCAUUGCCUCCUCGACAAUGACAGUACAAGCAUUUACUGGAACUUAUGGAAUAAAUUAUGGAAGGAUUGCUGAUAACAUUCCUUCACCUGAUGAAGUUGUUUCACUUCUCAAAGCAGCAAAAAUAAAGAACGUUAGGAUUUAUGAUGCUGAUCACAAUGUCCUGAAGGCGUUUAGUGGGACAGGGCUUGAAUUAGAGGUUGGUCUCCCAAAUGGGUUCUUGAAAGAAACGAGUGCGAGCGAGGAACACGCGAUGAACUGGGUCAAAGAAAAUGUUCAAGCAUUCCUUCCUGAGACUCACAUUUGUGGGAUUGCCAUUGGUAAUGAAGUUCUAGGAGGAGGUGAUCUUGAGCUGUGGGGAGCACUCUUGGGUGCUGCAAAGAAUAUCUAUAAGGCAGUAAAGAGCCUUAACUUAGAUGGUGUUGUUCAAAUCACAACCGCGCAUUCUCAGGCUGUUUUUUCAAACUCGUUUCCGCCUUCUUCAUGUAUAUUUAGAGAAAAUGUAGUUCAGUACAUGAGGCCUUUGCUGGAGUUUCUUGCAGAGAUUGGCUCACCUUUCUGUUUAAACGCUUAUCCCUUCCUAGCCUAUAUGAGUGACCCUGAGAAUAUUGAUAUCAACUAUGCACUUUUUGAAUCAACUAAGGGUAUUAUUGAUCCCAAAACUGAUCUACAUUAUGACAACAUGCUUGAUGCUCAGAUCGACGCUGCAUAUGCUGCAUUAGCAGAUGCUGGAUAUCAGAAAAUGGAAGUCAUAGUUACUGAGACUGGUUGGGCUUCCCGUGGGGACGAAAACGAGGCUGCAGCAACGGUGAGUAAUGCGAAGAUAUUUAAUUACAACUUACGGAAGAGGCUUGCUAAGAAGAAAGGGACUCCCUACAGGCCAAGGAAUGUAUUGAAGGCCUACGUUUUUGCAACGUUUAACGAAAAUUUGAAACAGGGGCCGACUUCUGAGAGGAAUUUUGGACUCUUCAAAGCUGAUGGGAGCAUAUCAUAUGAUGUUGGAUUUCAUGGACUUAAAUCGUCUUCUUCAGACUCAUCUUAUUUAUCUCUCAAGAGUUUCCGAGCUCGAGGACUUUUGGCUAACCACAUUUUCUCAUUAACAUUCUCGGCCGUGACGCUACUUCUAUUGUUGAGAUGAAAAUAGAAUGUAGAAUAUCUGAGAACUUACAGUCUUGGGUUAGGAGGGCAAACCAGAAGUAGCUGUUGGAAAGCAGUGCAUCUUCUGCUGGUUCAUGCUAUACUUGGUACAGUUUCUGCUUAUUCUUUUGCCUCUUGUAUAAUGAAACUAUUCAUUUCCUCCCCAACCCAUCUUCUAUAAAUUGUAUCCCAAUUUUCCAGAUGGUUGAGUUUGAGAUGGAGCUAUUGACUCAUACAUGGAAGUUGCAAAAUAAAGCAAAAUACGCCUAUGAUGUUUGGCUCAUAGUUUU